UCCUCUGCAGAAAGUACAAUUCUACUCUGACUUCAGCAGUAGUUUCCUCUCUCGUUAGCUUAAUUCCAUUCAUUAUGAGUUGGACGGUGAAGACUUUCGUGCUGCCCCUGGUGGUGCUGUGCCUGUGGCGGCUGGAAGAAGGCGCUCAAGCCUGCAGCUGUGCCCCUGCUCAUCCACAGAAGGCCUUUUGCCAAGCAGACGUUGUCAUCAAGGCAAAGGUGAUUGCAGGGAAGGAUGUGGAUGGAUUCGACAAACCCAUCGUGUAUGACAUCAAACAGACCAAGAUGUUCAAAGGACCUGACAGGGAGAUUGAUGCCAUCUACACGCCACCCUCCUCUUCAUUAUGUGGAGUCACUCUGGCCAAUGGCGUAGAAUACCUUAUCACAGGCAAACUUGAGUCUGACGGGUCGGUGCACGUCACCUUAUGCAACUUCAUUGCGCCCUGGGAGGGCAUGAGCACCACCCAAAAGAAGAGCCUGGUCCAGCGCUAUGAAAUGGGCUGCGAUUGCCAGAUCACGCACUGCAGCUCCGUCCCGUGCGGGAUCAGCGACCCAGCUGAGUGCUUGUGGACGGACUGGCUGACGGAGAAGACGGUCAACGGAGAGCAGGCAAGACAUUUUGCUUGUAUCAAGAGGAGUGAUGGCUCUUGCGCUUGGUACAGGGGGGCCGCCUCACCCAAAAAGGGUUUCUUGGACAUUGAAGACCCUUAAGGCUCCACCAUGAUGUCAAAAUUACAAAUAAAUCCUCUAUUUUUAAGAAGGCAAGUUUUUCUAUGUUGAGUCUUUUUUUUUAAAAUUGACAAUCAUGAGUUCAGCACUUUCCAACUCUGAAGCACUUCUGUACAAACUACUGCUUCAGCAGAAAUAAAUGGAAUCCUCACAUGUCAGUAUUAAGCUUCACUGCAUUUUUUAUUGCUGUACUAUUAAUGUCUUGGCAGGGUGUGGGUGUAGGGGGGGUGAAUCCUCUGUAUUUUAUGCACAUAUUACUGUUUUUAUUGUGAGGUCAGUCACUUUUUUUUUUUGCCAUUUAAGAAAUUUUCAUUCAAAGGAAGGCAUCAAAUUUGUUGUACAAUGCCUAGUCAGAUUUAAAUAUGAACUAUUUUGUGUUUUAUGACAAUUAUAAUGGCAUGCAAGUCCAAAUGUACAAUUUAAAAGGUUUAAUAAAU